GGCGCGGGGCCGGAAGUCCGGCGAGGGGCGGCGCGGACCUCCCCCGGCGGGACCGCGGCCGUUGGGGCCGUGGAGUCGGCGGCGGCUCCGAGCGCAGGGCUCCAGAUGGAAGCAGCUCCAGAGCCCGGACAGGGGGUCUGCUGCAAGCCUGGCGGGCGGCUGGACAUGAGCCACGGCUUUGUGCACCACAUCCGACGGAACCAGCUGGCCCGGGACGACUAUGACAAGAAGGUGAAGCAGGCGGCCAAGGAGAAGGCGAGGAGGCGGCACACGCCCGCGCCGACGCGGCCCCGCAAACCCGACCUGCAGGUGUACCUGCCGCGACACCGAGGGCUCAGUUCAUGUCGUCCCUUCCCGGAACCCUCACCUCGACGCUCCCCUUUCUCCACUCACAUUCUCCCUGAGAACAGAGAAGAUGGCUCUACCCACCCAAGCAACCCAGACUGUGAGGAGUCCGGUGAAAGCAGCAGUAGUGGCAGCUCCGAGCCAGAACCUUCUGGCCAUCAGCUCUUCUGUUUAGAAUACGAGGCAGACAGCGGAGAGGUCACCUCAGUUAUUGUGUAUCAGGAUGAUGAUCCAGGAAGGGUGAGUGAAGAGGUGUCAGCACACACGCCUCUGGAUCCACCCAUGCGAGAGGCCCUCAAGUUGCGCAUCCAGGAGGAGAUUGCAAAGCGCCAGAGCCGACAUUGACCAGGCUGAAGGCUUUCUCACCAGGCUGGAUUCACUGCCCAGGGAGCUCACUCCUAGUUUGGGGGUGCCAGGACCAGUCUGAGCUGAUCUUGAGACACACACACACACACACACACACACACACACACCCCUGAGCUCACACAUACGCAGGAACAGUGUUGCAGGGACAAGCCUAAUCAUCUCCUUUGCAGCCAUUCUUUCUUGUAUGUUGGCCCAUUUGACCAGCUUAGUAUUCUGGGAUUUGAGAAUUUUGUUUGGCUAGCUUGGUGUUCUAGAAGCAGAGACUCCAGGGACAGCUGAGGUGUAUGAAACCUUAUGCCAACAUGCUGCUUUCUUACUGAAGUCCUAUGCAAUGGGACAUCUAGUCACUGCUGCUCUACCCAGCUCAAUGAACUGUGUUUGUUGUUCUAUGGUUCCUUUGUUCCUUGCUUCUGCUCACUUCUGUCCAUAUUUUCUAGACCUUUCUUCCAGCCAUUUCCUUGUUCUUUCCAUUCCCUCAUCUUUGUCUCAGAAUCCAUCAGUUCCACCCCACCUCCCAAUGUGACUUCGCCUCCCAGCUGCUCAGGACUUUGAAGGUGGGGAGUUGGGGGGGGGGGGGGGCUACCUUCCUGAUAAGCUCUCCCAGUAAUUCCAAUACCAGUAAAGUGGGAGAUCUUCAUUUUUGAGACUGACUUGCAAGCAUGUAUCCCACCCCUUCCAUGGCUUUUGCAAGUUUCGCUUAUACCGCACUGUUUGGCACUGUCUAGAUAAAGAGACCUAGGAGGAUGAUGCCAGAACUCAACUGCAAGGAUUUCUUGCAGCAAAACCUGCCUUGGUUAGAGCUAUGGGAUUCCAGUUUUCAGCCUCAUCCCUGGCUGUGAACAGACCAUCCUCUGCUCAGGCUAAGGGGGAAUUAUCAAAACAAGCUUGAAGCUGACUCUCCAAAUGUGAUUUAACAGUCCUGAAUGUACAUACAAAGGGAAAUUCAACAUGAGCAAUAAUUGUCUAUUUGGACCCCUAGUUGCAAAAAAAAAAAAAAAGGCCAAACAAUGGCAGCGAAAUGAGCCUCUCUCAUCUGCCCUUCCCUUGCCCCAUUCUUUCUCCUUUUGUAUUUCCCAAGAGUAUAUAAACGGAGAUCCUUAGGGUAAAGAUCCUAGGAAUAUCACUGCUUUCACCUCAGUGAAUGUUUUCCCUAACACAGGGUUAGGCUAAGGUCUGAGAAGUUCAUAAGACAUCCUAUGCACUGCAGUUCCAAGCCACUUCAGAUUUCCAGCAAUUGACCUAACCUCAGUGACUGGAAGUACGGGGUUUAAGUGAGCCCAUGAACACUAAGACUUCUUGAAACCAAAGUCCCCAUGCCCCAGGGGUUUCUCUACAUCAGGGUCUCAAGAUCUGCCUGGCUGUUCCAUCUCAGCAGCUUUUCUCUUAAAGGACACCUAAGGGCACUGUUGGUUUGUGCCCUACACCCCUGAAAAUCUACCACCUCAGAAACGGGGCAAGGCAACUACUUAAACUAACUGCAUCAUUAGAAUCCAGUAAGCCACAGCUUGCAGUGCCAGAGAAAUUCUGGGAAGGUGAGUGAGGUAGAUAAGUUAGAUGGGCCUGGUUGUGAAGGGAGCCAGGGACCAGAGUGUUCCUGACCCACAGAGCUGGCCCAAGGUUAAAUACCUUAAACUUGCCAGUCCUGGGCUCAGUUCUACUUUCAGGGGAGAAAAUCUGCCUGCUGCUUAUUCAGCCAGGCUAGAAGUGCCUUUUGACUUACAAUGUUGACUACCCUCUAGAGCCUCUAAGUCAAGGAGGCCAUGCCAUACUCUAUGCCCAAUCUUCCCUGCAGCUCUGAGGACUGGGGAUUUUAGUCUUCCAGCUUUUCAACUGAUCUUCUGACUUGGAAAUAGGAUUUCACUGGAACUCUUAGGCUUCCUAGUCUGGAAAUACUUCUUGGGUCUGUCUUCUCACAACUGGAUGGCCUAUUUCACGGAUUUAUUAAAGAAUUUAGAAACAAGACCAGAAGAAGAAGCCAGAGGCAUGGUACCUGAAAUUCUAGCCUCCAUUCCUGUUUGUGAGAAGGGAAGUGUGUACCUAAUGUGACCUUUUUAUGUGUCUGUCAUGUAAUCCUCACACUCUCAGGUAAGAGAUUGAUGAAAACUCCUUGUUUGUGAAUUUAUUUUCUUAAGGCAUUUUGCGUAUCAAGUUCAUGUAGAAUGUUUUCCACCCAAGAAAGCAUCCUAAUUCUUAAUUUAAGCAGUAGGACUAUAGAAAGCAUUAAGCCUAGUACUUAAAUGAGAGGUUGUCCUUUAAGGGAAGCCUGUUGGUAGUGAUGCUGCCACUGCUCCAGGUAUGCCUAAAGCACUUCUCUGGUGAUAUAGCCCUCAGCCAGUUGACAGCUUUACCGCUCAGGCUCAUUGCUUAUUGCCACCCCUCAGUCUGGGUUCCAGGAUGGUACUGGUACUAUGCAGUUGAUUCACCAGACUGGCCUCCAAAUAUCUUCUAGCUGUUUUCAAAAAUCAGUGCUUUGCCAUCAAGGAGCAUGUUACAGAGCAUUUCCCACAGGUUCUAGGGAUGUCACAAAGAAGACUGCCCCAUACUGUUUGGUACAGUGGCAACAGUGUCAGAUUAACUGGAGCUCUUAGGCAGGCUGCUUCAGAAUGAACACUCAUUUGACUAGACACAUUCUUGGCUGUCUUAAAAAAAAAAAAAAAAGUCUGGUAGCCUCUUUGAUGUAUCUCAUGUAUCUCAUGAUGUAUCUCAUGUCCAUGAAUGUUCUCCACUUAGGUCUUGGAUUUUAAGGCUUUCUGUUUCCUGGGCCACCAUGGAUGAUAUAAUAAAUAGAAGGAAUCUGGGGUUCUUAGGGGCUUUGGGCUGCAUAAGAGUAAAUACUAAAGUUUGAGUUCUAGCCAGUUGGCAAGCAUAUAAGUCUUUGAAGAAUGUAACACAAGAAGGGAAAACAAGAAUGUAAAGCUUUUUGUACUGAGAGUAGGAGUCUGGCACUUGGCCAGCCAGUAGGACCAAUGUGGGCAAUAACAUGCUUCUCCCUAUGUAUGAGUCUCUGAAAGGGGCAUUUCACCUCCAUGGUCCACUCUGAAGGGCACUGCCAACUAGAGAUUUAGCCCAUGGGACUGGAAGAAAACACCUUGAGGUAGUGUGUAUCCAACCUGCUAUGCAUUUGCCAGGAUGCAUGGAUAGUAGGGUAGAGGAUCCCCAGCUGGUUUACAAGUAUACAUGAGACCUUUGCAUAUAGAAAGAGGAAUGGGGACAGAUUAUUUUCCUACCUCUUGGGAGAAUCAGCAGAGAUUGUUAACAAUUUUCUGAAACAUUUUAAGCUCCCUUGUUGAAUUCCUAUUAUUUAGGACUCAGAUGGUAAGAAACCAUAGGCACCCACCCCAAAUUUCUCCAGUAGUUAGAGUGACACUAAAAGUAAAAACCGUCUGAAUAUUUGGCUCCUUUUCCUUCUCAGAGCCUCCAGGAUGAGGGGUUGGUUGCACUGGUCAAGUUGUGUUAAAUGCGUAACAAGCCAUAUAUUAUUCUGUUUUCUCAUUUCCAAUGUUUCUGCUGUGUGAAUGAAGUGUGCAAUUAUUUGAAAAUCUUGGAAGGAAGGUACUUUUCAAAAACAGUAUUCUUUUUAAGCAAUAAACUAUUUUUACAGCA